AUGGGAUUAGAAAAUAGCGGUCUUGUUAGAAAGUUCGUCAACGUUGGUGAGAAGAGGGCAGGCUCAACCUCAAUGGGGAUCUUUGUUGGUUUGUUUGCUGCCUUUGGUGGUGUUCUUUACGGGUAUGAUACUGGUACCAUUUCUGGUAUCAUGGCUAUGCCUUACGUGCUUGCUCGUUUCCCAAAGAACGUGGAAGACGGCUUCUCUUCAUCUGAAUCAUCUCUUAUUGUUUCUAUUUUAUCCGUUGGUACAUUUUUUGGUGCUUUAUUGGCUCCAUUCAUUUCUGAUAAUCUUGGACGUCGUUGGACUAUAAUUAUUUCUGCCUUGAUUGUCUUCAACCUUGGUGUUAUUUUACAGACUGCUGCUACUGCCAUUCCAUUAUUCUGUGCUGGAAGAGCCAUUGCUGGUUUAGGUGUUGGUUUAAUUUCUGCUUCCAUCCCAUUAUACCAAUCUGAAUCUACUCCUAAGUGGAUCAGAGGUGCUGUUGUUUCAUGUUAUCAAUUUGCUAUCACCAUCGGUAUCUUAUUAGCUGCAUGUGUCAACGAAGGAACUAAGGACAGAAAUGACAGUGGAUCUUACAGAAUUCCAAUUGCUGUCCAAUUUCUUUGGUCUCUUAUUCUUGGUGGUGGUUUAUUCUUCUUACCAGAAACCCCAAGAUUCUGGGUCUCCAAGGGUGAAGAAGCAAAGGCUAAAGAUUCCUUAUCAAGAUUGAGAAGAAUCCCAGCAGACCACCCUGAUUUGGUUGAAGAAUACGAUGAUAUUAAGGCUUCAUUUGACUUCGAAAUGGCUCACGGUACAUCUACUUGGUGGGAUUGUUUCUCUACCAGAAACAAGCAAAGAAAGAGACUUAUCACUGGUAUUUGGUUACAAGCUUUUCAACAAUUAACUGGUAUUAAUUUCAUUUUCUACUAUGGUACUCCAUUCUUCACAUCUGCUGGUAUCAAGAACCCAUUCAUCAUUUCUAUUGCUACCAACAUUGUCAAUGUUUUUAUGACUCUUCCUGGUGUUGUUUUAAUUGAGACUCUUGGUAGAAGAAAGUUGUUAAUUGGUGGUGCUGUUGUUAUGUGUGUUUCUGAAUUCAUCAUUGCUAUCGUUGGUACUGCUGUUCCUGAUACCAAUACUUCAGGUAACAAGGUCUUGGUUGCAUUUACCUGUACAUUUAUUGCUGCCUUUGCUGCUUCUUGGGGUCCAGCUUGUUGGGCCGUCGUCGGUGAGAUUUUCCCAUUGAGAACAAGAGCCAAGUCUGUCGCUAUGUCCACUUCUUCCAACUGGCUUUGGAACUGGGCCAUUGCAUACGCAACACCUUACUUGGUUAACACUGGACCAGGAAACGCUGGUUUACAAAAGAAGGUCUUCUUUGUCUGGGGUGGUUGUAACUUCCUCUGUAUCCUUUUCGCUUGGGCUUUCGUUUACGAAACUAAGGGUUACACUUUGGAACAAGUCGAUGAAAUGUAUGAAAGUGUUGACCAAGCUUGGCAAUCUCCAAGUUGGGUCCCAUCUGAACAUGCUUUCAGAACUGGUGACUUUUCUACUGCAGACACCAAAGAAAAGGUUGUCUCAGAAGUUGAAGAUGCUUCUGUUUAA